CCCCGCCCCGCCCCGCCCCGCCAAGAUGGCGGCGCCCACGGCUGCCCGGGCGCUGCGGGCAGUGCCCCGCAUCCGCCCCGUCCCCGAGGCCCCCCGGCACCUCCACACCACCCCCGCCUGCCUCAAGACGCGGGCGGCGCGGGUGCGCGUGGGCAAAGGGGACAAGCCGGUGACCUACGAGCAGGCGCACGCCCCCCACUACAUCGCCCACCGCAAGGGCUGGCUCUCCCUGCACACCGGGAACCUGGCCGAGGAGCCGGGCGCGGCGGAGCGGGCGGUGGAGGACGCCUUCCUGCGCCGAUUCUUCUACGGCACCUUCCCCGGCGUCCUGGCGGACGAGGUCGUGCUGAAGCGCCGCGCCAACCUGCUGGUGGUCUGCCUGGUGCUGGCGCGGGGCCUGCCGCCCGCCAAGCUCUACUUUCUGGUGGGCUACGCCGAGACCCUCCUCUCCCACUUCUACAAGUGCCCCGUGCGCCUGGAGCUGCAGACGGUGCCCGCCAAGGUGGUCUACAAGUACCUCUAGCGUCCGGCGGUGCCCCCCCGGGGCGGGGAAUAAAGCGGGGGUUUGUGCUCA